AUGUCUUCAGAAGUCGACAAUCUCUCUACGUCGCCUUCCUCGUCAGCGACACUUACAAGCACCAUGGUCGUGACAGAAACGGCCACAGGGCAAGCAUCCACAACAACCGCUCUAGUCACCUCCGUGGUAACAGCAACGGAUUCGGCAACAGAAUCAAUCCCAGCAGUCGUGGUCACCGUGACAGCGACAGCGACACCAAAAUCCACAUCACGGCCAGACCUUGAUGAGCCCCAUGAACAUAGGCUGGCAGUAGGCAGUACAGUUGGAUUUUUCUUGGGAUUAUUCGCACUCCUCGUACUACUUGGGGUGGCACUCUACUACUGGAGGCGGCGGAGACUGAGAAGGAGAGAGGCAAAUCGUGCGCAAGAGGCCAGCGCUGCGCAAGGAGAAGAGGCACUAUCGCCUACGAAGAAGACAUACAAAAACGACUGCAAGAAGCUCGUGAAGCAUGUAAAGAAGGCCUAUCAUGCGACAACAUCCGGCGACUUGACUGUGGCAGUGAUUCGCUCCUUCCCAGACAAGACAACUUCCUUGCUAAACCCAUCUGCAUCUUCACGAACAUCUCCUACCGGAAGCUCUUGA